AUGCGUGCCAUGCAGGGUUCACGUUUUCCGUGGCUGCAGAGGUUCACGCGCAUCUUCAUUCGAGCUGGCUUUCAGCAUUUCCUCACUUUUGAUGCAAAGCCUCGGCAGUACGAGGACCACAUCAUUCGUUUGGCGGAAGAUCGCUCUGGAGGCGGGCGCAUCGUCGCAGUGGGCUGCGCCGCCUUGAAGACGGCACAGGUGCAUGGCAACAUGUGCAAGGUGGCCUACAUCUUCGAUCUGCGGCUGGGCACAGUUUGCAAUUUGAACAACCUGCCGCCUGUGAAGAUUUAUCAGCGCACGUCCAUGAGAUGGAAGAUCUUGAGCUCCGUGGGGCGCGUCGAUGAAGAGUACCAGGGAUGCGGCGUUGGGAAGGCCCUGACACAGCAGAUCGAGGACGCCUGCGAAGCGAGAGGGGCGAAGUUUCUCUAUCUGACGGUCAAUGCUGACAACGUCAAGGCGAAGUCUCUUUAUGCCAAGCGCGGCUUUGUCCAUGCCUCCCACCGAAGUCCUGCUAUGGCGUUUCUGGCCUUCCCGGAGCAGGAGGAAGAGGACAUCGAAGUUCAAGAUCUCGACAAGGAGGCUGCUCGAGCCAUGACCUUGCGCUUCUAUGCCUCCGCGGACCUGUCCAACAAGGUACAGGCACCUUCACAGGACCUCCUGUUGAGCAACUUGGGCCAGCUCUUCGAUUCGCCCCUCUAUGAGGCCUUCUUUGUCCUCCAGGGGACCUUCAUAGCUCGUCGUGGCGAGAGCUUGGCUGGAGUAAGAAGCUCCCUCACGGGCUUCAAGAUCGAGCGUCUCUUCCUGCCCAUCUCCUGGUGGAGGAGUGGCGCUUGCCGCUUUCUCGGUUCGGCAGCUGGGCUCGUCGCCGUGCUGCGCUUGGUGCAGGCGCUUCAGAUUGCCGGAACCUCGGCGGCAGAGACACACAGCACAAAGGACGUCCUGUGGCUUAUUGGCCUGAUAGGACUGACCUCUUCCUCGGUGUACUUUGUGUGGAAAGUCUGGCCUGUCCUCAGCUUUCUUGCUGAUAAGAUCAUCUCCAACAACACGAAGAUGAGACACAGGCUCUUCGGCCCGUUUGGUUUUGGGCCCAAAGAAGAUCAGGAGCAACUCAUGCGGUCGGUUCUCAAGCGGGUGCACAACGUCGCUCGUGAAUCCGGGUACGCCAUGUCCAUCUGCAACAUGGACGCCAGCCAUCCCCUGAGGCCUUUCUUUCCUAGCAACAAGUUCAGCACCACCUUCAUGUACAAGUUUCUGCGCUGCAAGCAGCUUGCAGCUCUUGAACGUAGGUGCGUGCCCAUGAAAGCCUUAGGGAAGGGUUGGGGCAUCGCUUUGCCGUGCUUGCGGAACACUAAGCACCUGUCGGCGCCCUGCAAAGCAAGAAGCCUAAAGCACGCUGCAGCCUCAAGCCCCAACAAAAUCUCAGAGCUGGGGAGGUGCCAAGUGGACAGAAAAUAG